AUGGUAGCUGAAUCUAUCAGCCUGGCGUACAGAGCAGGGGAUAUCUUCAAGGCCAAGGAUUCUGGCACCUACUACCAGGUAGGGGACAUUGUGGCCCUGAUGGAUGAGAAUGACGACACCUACUAUGCUCAAAUUCGAGGCCUGCUGCAGGACCAGUACUGCGAGAAGAGUGCGGUCAUCACGUGGCUGCUUCCUACGUCGGAGAGCCCCACGGACCACUUCGACCCUUCCACCUAUAUUCUGGGGCCGGAGGAGGACAUUCCUCGGAAGCUGGAGUACAUGGAGUUUGUUUGCCAUGCUCCUUCCGAGUACUACAAGGCCCGCAAGUCGCCAUACCCUGUGCAAAAGCCUCCGGGUCCUGAAUGUGGUUUCAUAUGGACUAGGAUUGGCCCUCAGAUCAGGCCUAUUCCCACCCAGGAGGAAGUGUUCGGAACAGUGUAG